AUGCCUGCUCGUUCAGAUGUGCCCAAAUGCUCAGUUGCUUGCCACUAUUGUCGCUUGAAGAAGACCAAAUGUACAGGAACUCGGCCUUGCGCAAAUUGCAUUGUGAUUAAGCUCGUCGACGAGAAGGCCCAUCGAGAGCAAUGCGUCUUUCCCGACCAGUCGGUAGGCAAGAAGAGAAGCCACAGCCAGAUUUUUCUAGAGGAACGUGUUGCUUCGCUGGAGCAGCUACUCCGUCAAGAGACCAGCCAAAGAUCCCCGACCACGGCCUCCUCAGGUCCCAUUUACCACUCCGACGAUCACAUGGUCCAGCAACCAAAUCCCAAAUCAGUCCGACCGUCCGUGAGGCCACAGUCGUUGGCCAAACCUUUGUCGUGCCGUUCAGAUGAUCCUCCCAAUGGCAGCGUUAUGGGUAUCCCUAGGUUACCGGCCUGGGGAUCCAGCUCGACCGAUGCUGCCACUGCCACGAUCUUUGACCUUCAUGACCUUGCACCCUCAGACGCCAAUCUGCCACAGACCGGCCCGAUUUUGGACAUGGGCAAUGAGUCCCACCAUAUUUCAAGGCCAGCACCAGGCCCAGUGUUCCGUGCCCAGUCGCAGCAGACGUAUUCUCCUGCACGGCAGGGUCCCAGCGUCGUCGCUACAGACGAUGCAAUUGGCUCUACCAUCGUCGUGGAAGAUACCACUGCCGAUAUUCCAUAUGAAACCCCGCAGUCCCCCGAGCAAGAAGGUGAUAAUCAGGAACAUAUCGGCAGGGCAUCGUUCUUGAGUCUCUGCUCUCCUCUCGGUGUCGACUGGGUUUGUCGACAACUGGGCAACUCAGACUUCCACAAUUGCGCAAGCCGACUUGCCAUCACCAUAACACGAUCAUUGAAAAUGACAAGGCCGCUUUCGAUUGACCGGCAACCCGAUCCUGACUAUGAGACCGCGAUGCUCUGGGCUUCUGCCUAUUUUGAAGAGAGCAUUGAGCACACGCUGGGAUUGGUACCACGCCAGGCCUUCGAGUCUCGACUUCAACAACAUUAUUCGCAGCCGGCAUCCGCAGAUGCUGAUUUUACUUGGUAUAGCCUCCGAAACACCGUUUUCGCUAUCGGAAGCCGCCUUGCACUGGGCCGCGGCGGUGGACCGGUGAGCUAUGCAGCGGCACAGGGACAGUCCUGGUUGUACUUUGAGAAUGCUCUGGCUGUCCACACCAAUCUGGUGUACAUGUACUCGGACGUCAGUGCUAUCGAGUGCAUCCUGCUGAUGGCCCUUUACUGCGAGGGAGUUUCAGCUCCCUCAUUGGAAUACAUGUUGCUAUCCACAGCAAUCCGGCUAGCCUUCUCCAAACGACUUCAUCUACAACCCCCUUCUCGAUGUAGUCUCUCCGACUCCGAGAAGGCGACGCGGAUCUGGUUGCUGUGGGUGAUGUACUUGUAUGACAAACAUAUUGCCUGUAGGUCGGGUCGACCGUCGAUGAUUCGCGACGACGACAUCAACGUCGCUUUGCCAACCGAACCUCGGUACGACACGCACACCGACCUGGGGCUUCUCAUUGCUUCGGUCCGCCACGCUCAAAUCUCAUAUGCCAUUGAGAGAGAAUUGUUCAGCACCAAAUCGCGACCCCGGUCGAUUGAGGAGAUCAGCAAGACGGUCAAGAGACUCGACGCUGACUUGCGGGCGUGGUACGCCGACCUGAGACAAGAAUACCUUCUCCACACACCCGAUCGGCCCAAAGUUCUCCAUCCGCGCAUCAGCCACGUCCAUUUCCUGUUUCUUCAACACUGUUUUCACGGUUCUCUGUGUGUGCUGCACUCAGUUCUCGCCCAGCCAUGGAGGGAGGGUCAGUUGCAACAGCGACAGAGCGCCGAAUACGCCAAGCAAGUCCGGGAGAGCGCUCCCAUCAUCGCAGAUGCAUCUCGGGCCAUUGUUCUCGAUAGUCAAAAGUUUGCCAUCGACGCCAGUACUCCGGCCUGGUUGAUGUUCUACUUUCCGGUCCUCGCCGCGGCGAACCUGUUCCUCAACACCGUCCGCUCGCCCACGAAUACCUGUGCACAGUCCGACGUCACAUUGAUCGAAAUCGUGGCCGGAAUGUUCGCCCGGCUUGACUAUGCCAGCGGCGGUCAUCUGAGUAUCAGCUUCCCUCGAGAGGUGGCCGAAUAUGCUCGCGGCCUCUUGUCCAAAUCACGAGAACGGAAUACCGACGCAGAUUCAUCCUGUCAAUGGACAACGGAACUCGACAAAUUCUUCCCGGCCGGUACUGACAUAUCGGCCGAUGACGAGUUCACAAAUGCGGACAUCGUGGAUUUUGGAUACUAUGAAUGGCCCCUCAUGCCCAACACGGGCUGA